ACAAAUAUUUUUUCCCUCCAUUCAUCAUUGGUUUAUUUAGUUUAUUUUAUUCAUUAGUCCUGUGAUAAGUUUCAAAUAUGUAAAUGUAUUAUUACGCUAGUUAAUACUCAAGUGAAUAUAGUAUAAUUUUAAUUCAAUAUGGAAUGUAAUGAAAAUAAGGACUCUACAAACCAAGAAAUAUUAACACAUAUUAAAGGUGAAGGAGAUUCUCUACAGAAAUAUAACAGUAAAGAAGUUAAAUCAGAACCAGAUAAUAGCAGUUAUGGACAGGAAUCGGUAUUAGAUGAGUAUUGUUCAAAUUCAGAGGAUGUUAAAAUAGAAAACCAUGUAUUAGAAGAUGUAUCUAAUGAAAUUAAGGUUAAAAUAAAAAACGAACCAGAGGAGUGUAGCAAUGGCGGUCUACAGGAUAUUACAGUGAAAGUUACCAAACCAUCCAGUGCUCCCAAAGUACAUUUGAAAACAGGUACUGGUGAAACAUCACAUAAAUGUGAAAUUUAUAGUAAGCUGUUUACUACUAAAGGCGGUCCACGGGAUAUUACAGUGAAAGUUACCAAACCAUCCAGUGCUGCCAAAGUACAUUUGAAAACAUGUACCGUUGAAAAACCAUAUAUAUGUGAAAUUUGUAGUAAGCUGUUUACUCUAAAAGGUAAUUUAAAUACGCAUAAACUAGUUCACCUCAGUGAAAAACCUUAUAAAUGUGAAAUUUGUAGUAAGCAGUAUACUCAACUAAGUAGCUUAAAGGAUCAUAUGACAGUUCACACUGGUGAAAGACCUUAUAAAUGUGAAAUUUGUAGUAAGCUGUUUACUCUAAAAGGUAAUUUAAAUACGCAUAAACUAGUUCACCUCAGUGAAAAACCUUAUAAAUGUGAAAUUUGUAGUAAGCAGUAUACUCAACUAAGUAGCUUAAAGGAUCAUAUGACAGUUCACACUGGUGAAAGACCUUAUAAAUGUGAAAUUUGUAGUAAGCAAUUUACUCAAAUUACUAAUUUAAAUACUCAUGUCAAAUGUCACAGUGGUAAAAAACCUUAUAAAUGUGAAAUUUGUAGUAAGCAGUUUACUCAACUAAGUAGUUUAAAGGAUCAUAUGAGAAUUCACACUGGUGAAAAACCUUAUAAAUGUGAAAUUUGUAGUAAGCAGUUUUCCCAAAGAAGUACUUUAAUUUAUCACAUGAGAGUUCACACUGGUGAAAAACCAUAUGAAUGUGAAAUUUGUAGUAAGCAGUUUACUGCAAAAUCUAGUUUAAAUGAUCAUAUGAGAAUUCACAGUGGUGAAAAACCUUAUAAAUGUGAAAUUUGUAGUAAGCAGUUUAAUCUAAUUAGUAAUUUAAAUGCUCAUAAAAGACUUCACACUAGUGAAAGACCUUAUAAAUGUGAAAUUUGUAGUAAGCAGUUUAAGCAACUAAAUGGUUUAAAUUAUCAUAUGAUACGUCACACUGGUGAAAAACCUUAUGAAUGUGAAAUUUGUAAUAAGCGGUUUGCUACAAAACAUUAUUUAAAGCUCCAUAUGAGACUUCACACUAGUGAAAAACCUUAUAAAUGUGAAAUUUGUGAUAAGUUGUUUACUCAACUCAGUCAUUUAAAGCAGCAUAUGAUAGUUCACACUGGUGAAAGACCUUAUAAAUGUGAAAUUUGUAGUAAGAAAUUUUCCCAAAAAGGUACUUUAAAAUAUCACAUGCGAGUUCACACUGGUGAAAAACCUUAUGAAUGUGAAAUUUGUAAUAAGCUGUUUAUUCAACUAAUUAAUUUAAAGAGUCAUAUGCAAGUUCACACUGGCGAAAGACCAUAUAAAUGUGAAAUUUGUAAUAAUCUGUUUACUACAAAAGGUAGUUUAAAUAAUCAUAUUAUCAGAAUUCACACUCGUGAAAAACCUUAUAAAUGAUGUGAAAUUUGUAAUAAACUGUUUACUCAACUAAGUAAUGUAAAGCGUGAUAUGAAAUUUCACACUGGUGAUUAUAAAGGCGCAUUCUCACGGUUCGAUUUUGUAGUUGAUUAACUUUAGUGGAUCAACUAAAAUCGGUCAAGUUUUUGUUCACACAUUUCAAAGAAAAUUGAAGCAAUUAGUUUUAAUAGAUUAUCCUCGACACCUAAUGGUAAAAGAUGCAAUCGGUUAUGUAUGUAUGUAGUUUUAAUAAAAUGGCGGUAAGUGUAGUUCUACGCAAAAGUGUAAAUAUUAUUAGUAGUUUACCAAUUCGGCAACUCACGAAAAUUAUGUUAAGAAGGAAUAAAGAACAUAAAAACGUCGUUUCUGGAUACGAAAUUGGAUUUAAAGAAGAAAUGCAUGUAAUGUUUCAGAAACUCUGCUAAAAGAACUUGCUUUGGAAGAUAGAGGAUAUAAAAAUCUGAACAUAACACUCUCUGACCACUUUAAACUCAUUUUGUUGAUUUGAAGGAUAACUUUUUACACAGGCUGACGAGAUAAUAGUGGUUCAAGUCGACAGUCGACCAACAAAUGUUCAUACGCUUCAAAAGUAAUUAAACUUGUCUGAAAAAUGUCAAGUUGAACGAUAAAGUUUGACUCAAACAAACUUUUGUUGAAUCGACAAAAGUUGACUGAUUAAAAUUGAAACAUAUGUUCUCACAGCUACUAUUAUUCGAUUUCAGUUGUUCCACUAAAGUUGAUCAACUAAAAUCGAACCGUGAGAAUGCGCCCUAACUAAAAUUUGCUUCAAACAUUUUUUAUGCACUGGUGAGAGACCUUACAACUGUGAAAUUUACUUCAAACAGUUUACUCACAAAGGUUCUGUAAAAAUCUUAUUAUAAAUGUAAGCUUGUAAAUAUUGAACCUUAGAUUUUAAGUUCCUUGUAUAGAUUUGUUUUUAUUUUAAUUAUCAGUAUGAACACGAAACGAUAGUCUAAGAGCUGGGAGCGGAUUUUGUGCGUGAUAAGUAAUAUGGAAAAACUAUACGGGGAUAUGUUGAAUUAGUUGUGUACAUAACUUUUCCCAACACGGCCGGAAACCAAAGUGGAGAGUGGAGGACGAGGGUAGUUAUAAGGGGUCAAAGUCGCGGUUUUUAUUAUUUUUGAAGUUAUACUUUUUAGGCGCGAUUGAAGGUGAAAUUUUAUUAAUCUGCGCUCAUGCGCACACAGACAGUAUCGAGUUCGUUACUAAAUGUUUUAAUUUAUGUAUGUAUAAGUCCAGAAAAGGUGUGGAAAGGAUAUAUUAGUGUUUUUAAAAAUAUUUUUCUAUAAACUUGUUAAAAAUGCAAUUUAUAGCACUCCAUAGGAGCGUUAAAAAUGCUACUUUAAAGCACCAGUGCUUUAAAUAUUUUAAGACACUGCAGUUACAGUUGAGUCCGCGAGUCUUUACCCGUGCGUCAUCAUUUAAAACAUACGAAAUAAGUCAAAAAUUUACUAAACGCAACGGCAAGUGGAUAUUAUUCCGAUCACGGGUUAUAGGAUAAAAUUUGACGUUAUCAAAUAAAUAGAAAGUCAAAUUAAGUUUUGCUUUAAAAUGUUGGUGCAUAAUUACAGCUACAUUUGAAGUAGCUUAAUAAAUUAUUUUAUUAUCAUUGAUUAAUAAAUAAAUAAACAAUUUAUAAAAGAAUUCAAUAACAUAUUUUCUUUUUGUUAUUUUAUUCACUUUGGCGGAACCUUAAACACAAGCAUUCAACUGUGUCAACAAUGAGGUUAGCUUUGUACGUUGUCAAAAUUUAUCGUAAAAUAACAUAAACUUAUUACAAAAUUUGUAACUCCAAUAUAAAAUUAGUUGUGAAAACAACUGUUUGUAUACUAUAAAAAACUUCAAAAUGCAAAAAAUUCGACAAAAACCGCAAAAAAUUCAACUGACUGACAGCCACAAAAGUAAACAAAGCAGAAACGUCAAAAAAAAUUGUGCUUAAAAUAUGAAAACAUACCGAAUCGUCUUUUUCUGUACCUAUCUCUUUUCAAUGCACUGAGUCUAGAUGGUUCAUAAAAAUAACAUGUGUUUUUACUUAAUAACAAACGGCAGCUGGUUUGUCAUUAAUUUCAUACAUGGAAGAGAAUGAUGCUAAAUAAAAAGUAUGUGUUUUAUCUCGCCAGGUAUUAAUGACGCACCGGUAAAGACUCGCGGACUCAACUAUAAAAGUGAAUUGUCAAAUUGUGAAACGUCAAAAUAUUUAUAUUUCAUUUAUUAACAUUAAUAUUAAUAUUGUCCUUUUCAUGAGCAUUUUUCAGUGCCUAACAAAUGAUAGGAAAAAGGGUAAGUCCGUGAUAAUACACAUUUAUGACAUUUAUUCUAACAUGACAUUUUAGUUAAAUCUGACAGUUGUCACAUUUUAUUUUCAAUUUGGAAUAAAAACAAAUCAAAUGUGUUUCUUGCAUUUAUAAAAUGGUAUUUUCUGUGAUUUGUAUAGUCUUAUAAAUUAUACAGAUUAUAUUUGUAAUAUUAUUAUCUAAUUAAAAAAAAAUAUUUUUUUUAUUAUGGCGCCAUAUAUCGACAACUAGAAUAAUCACCGAACUAGAAUAAUUACCAAAGUAAUCACCGACGUGCCUUUUUUUCUGUCAUAUACAAUUUAAUGCGUUAGAAAGAAAUCGAAAAACUGUGACGCACUGAAAGAUGAUCAUGAGAAAAAGAAUACCUAAUACAACUUACGCAUUUUAAAAAAGGUGGUUUAAAAGGUUUUUUAAAUUUAAUUUAAACUGUAUUAUUACAUUUUUAACACAUUUGUAGAAAAAAACUAUUAAAAUUUGUUAGAAUAUACAAAAAUAAAAGUAGAUGUUAUUCUAUAGUUAUUAUGAUUUACGCAUUGGUAGUAUAGGCAGUUUUGAUGUAAUGUCAAGAAAAAUAUAAAAAUGGAAUGUCAGUCAAGUUCAAGUAAAAGUUUUUUGUAUGUAUUGUCCUGUAAUUGAGAAUGAAUAAAUUAUAAUUGUUAAAAAGUACAUUUUUAAGGCACUCAUGUGAAUUGCAGAAUGAGCGAAGCGAAUCUUUCAGAUACGUGCCUUGGAAUUGUGCUUUUAACAUUUAUAUCAUAAAUAACUAUUAUUAUAAUUUUUGUGUAUUUGGACUUGUCUACCUCGGGAAUAAGAUAAUAAGUAAUAUUUAAAGUAUUUUAUAAUUCACUUCGUAUGUUUGUCACUAUGUCUGAGAAAUCUUGUAGCCCGUAUAAACAAAAGGGUAUAGCUCAGUGGUAGAGCGUUGGGCUGGAGAUCAAGAGGUCCCUGGUUCAAAUCCUGGUGUGUUCUAAUCUUUUUUUAAUUUUUGGUAUUGUUUUAAUAAAAAUUUUUGGAAAGUAGUAAGUAAAAAUUAAUUUAAUCUUUAAAUAAAUACAAAUAAA